GUUUCAAAGAGGACAGGCAGCGAGAGCGCACUCGGAUAUUUCCUGAUAGCUCAAGCUAGGGCAGAGUUUUCUGUCUCCUUUAACAUAAAAAUGUCUAUAUUUACGCCAACAAAUCAAAUACGGCUGACCAAUGUGGCAGUGGUCAGGAUGAAAAAAGGAGGGAAGCGGUUUGAAAUCGCCUGCUACAAGAAUAAAGUUAUGAGCUGGAGAUCAGGCGCAGAGAAAGACCUGGAUGAGGUUUUGCAGACACACUCUGUUUUCGUGAAUGUGUCCAAGGGUCAGGUGGCAAAGAAGGAUGACUUGACCAAAGCUUUUGGGACAGAUGAUCUGACAGAAAUCUGUAAACAGAUCCUGGCCAAAGGGGAGCUCCAAGUGUCAGACAGGGAGAGGCAGACUCAGCUGGAGACAAUGUUCAGGGACAUUGCAACUAUUGUGGCAGAGAAGUGUGUCAACCCUGAGACCAAGAGGCCAUAUACAGUCAAUCUCAUUGAGCGGGCAAUGAAGGACAUCCACUACUCUGUCAAGGCCAAUAAGAGCACUAAACAGCAGGCUCUGGAAGUGAUCCGGCAGCUGAAGGAGACCAUGGAGAUCCAGAGAGCCCACAUGAGGCUGCGGUUGGUGUUGCCUGCCAAAGAGGCCAAGAGACUGAAGGAGAAGCUGAAGCCGCUCCUGCAGGUUGUGGAGAGUGAAGACUUCGAUGAGGCGCUGGAAAUGGUGUGUCUGGUGGAUCCUGGCUGCUACAGAGAGAUCGAUGAGCUGAUCCGCUGUGAGACAAAAGGCAGAGGCUCUCUGGAGGUUCUCAGUCUGAGGGAUGUGGAGGAGGGAGAUGAGAAACUAUAGUAACCCAGCCAGUCAGCACUCUGCACCUUAUCCACACUAACAUGCUUCACUGCAGCACACAAACUGCAAACUCAUUUAAGAGACUAUAUCUAUGAUCAGAUUCAUAUUAAUUUCAGUCAUUCCUAUUCACCAGCUCUAUUUUUAAAGGAUUUAUUUGACUGAAAAAAAGAAAGAAAAAAAAGUAUUGUUCCAUUUGCAUUUGACAUGGAAUUUACAUCUAAACUUGGCCGUCAGUAAAUAGAUCUGAUGGUGUGCAUUGACUUAUUUAUUAGUUACAUUUAUGCUAACACCUCAGGACAGCUUGCAGUACUCCUGGAUGAGGUUGUUUCUGCCUUCCAUCAGACUUUGUGUGCCAUGUAGUUUUGCUCAGUAUUCCUGUUUUAUGGAUAAUUUCUUUAACACAGUAAUUUAUAUUUUGUCAUAAUGAGUGAGUUUGCUUUGUAGCAAAUAAAUAUUUAACAAAAUAUUUCCCUUUUUGUAUAUAUGCAUGAUUUUCCCUAAUAUGCACACAGCUGUUUUGAAAACAAACAAAAUCACAGUUUUGCAGACCACUGAAAUAUGUAGCACCUUUAAGAACAGAAAUUAUUUCUAUCUAUGAAAAAGUGCUGAACUGGACCACAAUAUGGAUUAUCGUACCGUAAUUUGCAUUCACAAAAUUCAGAAAAAGUGUCAAAUAUAACCUGAAGAAUUACAUAUUGCAUUUCUUUUUUCUUUUUCUUCGCAAACUGAGCAAUAGAGAUAUAUAGCAUGUGAUGUACUGCAGCUGGAAGAGUAUGAUACAUAAAAAAUAAUUUAAAAUGUUUUUAUUUGCAAAUCUGUAGUGUGAAACACAUACCCACACACAGGUCCAAGAGGUCUGACUUUUUAUUAAAUUUUUUAUCACAUUUUAAAGUUCAGGAGAAUCAAGUUUCAGUCAGAAAUGUGUGGAAUUUACCUCCUCUGAGUUAAAAGAAAACUGAAAUAAAUCUCUCAGUCAAAAGUGCAACAUGUCAGGUUUUAACUGGCAACAGUAAAUGUUUCAGAAUUACUGAUCAGCUUUUUGCCUCUUUGAGUGCCCUGUGGCAUAAUGAGCUAAAACACUAUAAAUCAUGACUUAAGUCAAAUAGCUUUUCUAAGCAAAUAUUCAUUGAAUAAUUUUCACUGCUUUAUUCUACAGUGUUUUGUUGUGCAGAGGAACUCAUCUCAGAUGUAAACAUUUUUUUCACUCUCUACAAACCAAAGAAAUAUUAAACUGCAUUACUCUAAUAUAGUGCAAUACAAGUACAGUAUUUAGUUUUAGGACCAGUAUGAACUCAUUCACAUGUAUGGCAAAGUAUUAAAAGUAUCAGGGGAUGAUAAUGUCUUCAGUCUCAGACAGAAUUAUGGGAAUCAGAACAGUAUCAAUAGUAAGUAUGUUACAGUGAUAUUGAAUAGGGGAAAUGAGAAUUGAAUGUAAAACAAUUUAAUGUAAACUACACAGUGUGUUAGCUUCAAUAGAAAUGAAAGAAACACAGUUCAAAUUCAAACGCCUACCCACACCUCUAUCAAUAAAGCUAAGUAAAUGACA